GGAAGUGAAGCGGAAGCCAUUGCUCUCAGGAGGCGAUUGCGGCUAUACACAUGGGCAGGGGAGGGGUCCGUCGUGGCUUCGUCUGGGUUUUUGGGGACUGUCCGCUUCCCCGUCGCAGACCGGACCUGCUGUGUGCACUUGGCGUCCCUUCACCUGCAGCCUCCGUGACCUCCACUCCACCCGAUUCUGCCCUCAGCCUUAUGCCUGCUCGAAGAGUCCCGUGACAGCGGGAGGGACGCCUCCUACAGCCAGUGCCCAGUUGUGCAGGCAGAUUGACGGUCAUCCUCACGGGAUGGCAGCCCUUGGUCUGUCUCCCACAUGUGCUGUGUCCCCCCAGGACCCCGCCUAUAUCCGUAAGUCGGAAGUUCCUCCUCCUUCCAAAGACCAUUCCUGUUCUCAGGACGUGGAGCAAUUUGCUCGCAAUGGCCUGGAAUGCCCUGUGCCGGCUGGUAUUGGUUCUCAGGAGUCAGUGACUUUCCAGGAUGUUGCUGUGGACUUCACGGAGAAGGAAUGGCCCCUGCUGGAUUCUUCUCAGAGAAAACUAUACAAAGAUGUGAUGCUGGAGAACUACAGCAACCUCGCCUCUGUGGGGUAUCAGGUGGGCAAACCCAGCCUCAUCUCCCACUUGGAGCAAGAAGAGGAGCUGAGGACCGAGGAGAGGACACGUCACCGAGCCACAUCUCCUGAUUGGGAGACUCCAUCUAAAAACAAAUGGUCCAUCCUCAUGGAAGAUAUUUUUGGGAAGGAAGCCCCCAGCAGUUUGAUAGUGCAGGAAAGAACUCAUCUUGGAGAGAAAUCCACCGAGUACGCACACCUGUUUGAAGUCUUCAGCGUGGGCUCUCAUCUUACUCAGCAGAUGGGCAGGCACGCUGGCAAGAGGCCCUAUCACCGCCGGGACUGUGGGGCCGCUUUCAAGAACCGGCCCCAUCUCGCCCAACACGUGAGCAUAUACAAUGGGAGGAAAAUGCAUGAAUGUCACCAGUGCCAGAAAGCCUUCACCACGAGCGCGUCCCUCACACGACACAGGAGAAUACACACGGGGGAGAAGCCCUACGAGUGCAGCGCCUGCGGGAAAGCCUUCAACGAUCCCUCUGCCCUCCGGAGUCACGCGAGAACUCACCUCACAGAGAAGCCCUUUGACUGCAGCCAGUGUGGAAAUGCCUUCCGAACCCUCUCCUCCCUGAAGAUACACAUGAGAGUUCACACUGGGGAGAGACCUUACAAGUGUGACGAGUGUGGGAAGGCCUACGGCAGGAGCUGCCACCUCAUUGCCCACAAACGGACACACACUGGAGAGAGACCGUACGAAUGCCACGACUGUGGGAAAGCGUUCCAGCAUCCGUCCCAUCUCAAAGAGCACGUCCGCAAUCACACCGGAGAGAAGCCCUACGAAUGCACACAGUGUGGGAAAGCCUUCCGAUGGAAGUCGAACUUCAAUUUGCACAAGAAGAACCACACGAUAGAGAAAACAUACGAAUGUAAAGAAUGUGGGAAAUCCUUUGGUGAUCUCCUGUCGCGGAGAAGACACAUGAGAAUUCACGUCGUCAAGAAACCCAUUGAAUGUAGACAGUGCGGGAAAGCGUUCCGAAACCAGUCCAUUCUUAAGACACACAUGAACUCUCACACUGGAGAGAAACCCUAUGGGUGCGAUCUGUGUGGGAAAGCCUUCAGCGCCAGCUCGAACCUGACCACCCACCGGAAAAUCCACACUCAAGAGAGACGCUAUGAGUGUGCGGCCUGUGGGAAGGUGUUCGGGGACUACCUGUCCCGGAGGAGGCACAUGAGCAUUCACCUGGUAAAGAAACGUGUUGAAUGUAGGCAGUGUGGGAAAGCCUUCAGAAACCAGUCGACCCUCAAGACACACAUGAGAAGUCACACAGGAGAGAAGCCGUACGAGUGCGAUCACUGCGGGAAAGCCUUCAGCAUCGGCUCCAACCUUAAUGUGCACAGGAGGAUACACACUGGCGAGAAGCCCUACGAGUGCCUGGCCUGCGGGAAAGCCUUCAGUGACCAUUCGUCCCUCCGGAGUCAUGUGAAGACUCACCGGGGAGAGAAGCUCUUCGUGUCAUCCGUGUGGAAGAGGCUCCAGUGACGCGUCAUCUUUAAGGGAAGCCACAAGAGCUUAGACUGGGAAGAAGCAUUGUUGGUGUGAGGGAGGCAGGAGCACUUUGAUGAGCUCUACUGGACACAGAAGAGUACGUACUUUGUGACAGGAGAGACCCAGUUUGUGUCAUGGCUGCGGAAGAGCUGUUUCUUCUCAUCACUGUGGGGUUUGUGAGGACUCAUGUUGGGGGCAAAGACAUAACCUGGGCAGAAGCCAACUGUGUACAUCCAGCUCUUUGAGGAAAAUGAGGACUUCAGGGAGAGAAACCGUAGCUUCGUAUUUAAAGUCAAAAUGACUUUGGCACCACCUGGCACUUUCAGGGCAUCUGAGUAAGCACAGUAGGGAGAACCUCUGUAAAUCCGCUGUCUGGGCAAACCUUUGCCGGUCUCACUCUGUAUUCCUCAUAAAAGAAAUCAUACUAAGGAGAAAAACUUGUCAAGUAGGAAUGUGCAAAGGUCUAUAAUAGGUCAGAAAAUGGGCCAACUGCCUAUUUUUGUAUGGCUUGCAAGCUAAGAAUGGUUCCAUUUUUGUUUAUAAAGAUUUUGUUUAUUUAUUUGACACACAGAGAAAGAUCACAAGUAGGCAGAGAGGCAGGCAGAGAGAGCGGGGAAGCAGGCUCCCUGCUGAGCAGAGAGCCCGAUUCGGGGCUCGAUCCCAGGACCCUGAGAUCAUGACCUGAGCCAACGGCAGAGGCUUAACCCACUGAACCACCCAGGUGCCCCAGUUGUUCCAUUUUUAAAAGGAGAAAAAUGUGUGACAGAUACCAUUUGCAACUCACAAAGCCUAAAAUGCUUGCUUUCUGGUCCUUUACAGGAAAACAUGGCCAGCCUUGGGUCUACCGCAGCAGUUUCUAACCGGGGGUGAUUUUGCUUGUUUGGAGACAUUUCAGGUUGUUAAAACUGGGGGGAGAUCCUUCUGGCACACAAUGCACAGGAGUCCCUCCAGCAGAGAAUUACGCAGCCCAAAAUGUCAGUAUUGCCGAGGUUAAGGGACAGCUAAGGGAUUCACAGUUUUUGUGAAAUGUUAUUCAUGCUAGGAGAGGUUUCUACUUAAAACUUCAAAAAAUACAAUCAGUGUAAUUCAGGGAACGUGAGAACCCACACUUUAGACAAUCCCCACGUGGAGAUGACUCUAGCCACAGCCCCCCUCACUUGUGCUUAGGAGAAUUGCUACCCUGGUGGAAUUUUCCAUUGACCAUAAAAUUUCAUUUGUCAGUCUUUAUUCAUGAAAACAGACCCCAGCUCAUUAAUUUGUAGUCUCUGUUUUUAAGAUCAUGCUCCUCUAACGCUAAUGCUUUAUCACAGAAGGUUUGUAUAUAAUAUUUUUAUUAUAAUUCCAUUCCUGAUACAUGUUAAUUUCCUUCUGGAUAACUUACUUGACCAGUGGACUGGUUAGAAUUAUGUUACAUACUGUGUAACGUGGGUAUUUUUUAAUACCUGUUUAUUAUGAGUAUCUAAUUCAGGUGUACUGGAUCACCACACAAUGUCUUCCAUCCGAUGGAUCCUCUGGAAUGUUCUUGGUUUCCUGUCCAGCUGAGAGGGACGUACACCUCUCAUUGCUCUCCCAGUGUCUUCUCUUUAUGUCAGGAAAAUCCAGCUUUUGUCAGAUUACUGACAAAUGCUAUUUUUAAAAGCCUCUUGCGACUUUUCUGCGGUUAGUAAGUCUUUGUCUCACAGCCUGGCUGUUGACAGAUCAGCAGAUGUCCCUGUGCGGGCUGUGAGAGAAAGUGCUUGAAAAGGAGUUCUCCCUAAUUGGAUUCUUCUAUGUUUUGUUUUGCUGUUGGCCCUGCUGCUCACCUUGCAAGGAAACCAAGUACCUGGUGUUACAGGAGCGGUCUUGGGACCAUGAGGAUGCAAGCCACAGGCUCCAGAGGAACCUGCAGAAAAGUCACAAUGAUCCUGGCCUCCCCAAUAACUUCUUUGUCUCCACUAGCCAUGGAUUUGUUAUUUCCAGACUUCCUAUUACAGGAGAAAAAAAAUAAAACAUUACUGGAGUAAGCA